CGUGGAUGAGUAAUACGGAAAACCAACCAGAUUAGUGGUGUGGUGUCAGUUAUCUGUCACGCAAAGUCGAAGCUCUGUGAUAACUUUAUUGAGAGCAGUCGCAAACAUAAGUAUGGAGAGUGCAAUCACAGUCCACCCUCUGUCCCACAACCCCACAGAAGCCUUCACCGAACUGUCAAAAAAACAAAAAUUCACCCUGCUACAAACCCCCACCGACAUUUCAACCCCUGUCCAGCCAGGACACGUCCGCAUCGUCUGCAUGAGCGACACCCACUCUGAAUACGACAAUUUCACCUUCAGGAUCAUACCAGACGGAGACAUCUUCAUCCACGCCGGAGACUUCAGCAUGUGGGGCGAAGACCACGAAAUAAUCAAAUUCAAUAACUGGAUUAAAUCUUUGCCUCACCGUCACAAAGUUGUGAUCGCCGGUAACCACGAGCUCAGUUUCGACGAAAAGUGCAUUUUCUUCACCACGUUUUUUCGAAAGCAUAAAGGGGAAGUUCGCGAUGUGAAGAAGCUUCUGACUGAUUGUAUUUAUUUGGAGGAUUCGGCGGUGACGUUGUGUGGACUUAAAAUUUACGGGUCUCCAUGGCAACCUGAACACGGAGGGUUGGCUUUUAAUCUACCACGUGGGCAAGCGAUUCUCGAAAAAUGGAACCAAAUUCCUGAAGAUGUUGAUAUUUUGGUCACGCACGGGCCGCCACUGGGGCAUGGCGAUAGACUCAUUUCUGGAGGGAGAGCUGGUUGUGUGGAGUUGUUGUCAACGAUUCAGAAACGCGUUAAGCCCAAGUUCCAUAUUUUUGGGCACAUACACGAAGGGUAUGGAAUAUCGACUGAUGGAACAACGACAUUUGUCAAUGCCUGCACAUGUAACCGUCACUACGUACCCAGAAAUUUGCCUAUUGUGUUUGAUAUUGACAGCAAAGACCACAGUUCUAGUAUACCGAAACACAGUAGCAAAGUAAGAAGUCAAACUUGUGUUAACCAAUAGAACUCGUCAUUUGGUUUUAACUGAUUUGGAGACUACGUACAAAUUUUAUGGCGACAAUAACAGAUAUUUAUGUAUUUUAGUGAUAUUUUUUAAAACUUAAUAAAUAUUGAUUUACUUAA